AUGGAUCUUAGUAAAAUGAUACCAGAAAUAUUCUCAAAACUUGAACAAAAAUGGCUUGAUCACCAUUGCCAUGUCAAGAAAACCCGUAUUCUCACCAUUGACGGCGGCGAAACCACCGGCUCUGUUUCAGGCAGUUCCUUAAUUUAUCUCGAAGAUCAGAUUCAAUCCAUAACCUCCGAUCCCAACAUCCGAAUCAUCGAUUUCUUUGAUAUUAUCGCCGGCACAGGAAUCGGCGGUUUAUAUGCAACAUUACUCGCCGCCGACGAUGGAACAGGUCGCCCUCUUUUCACCGCUAAAGAAGCUGUUAAUUUUGUUAAAGAAAAGCAAUCAGAUCUCUACCGUGUCAAAACAUCAAACCCAUUUCGCCGUCGCCGUAGAUUUUCAGGAAAAAGUAUGACAAAAUUACUCGCCGGCGUUUUAACAACAAAAAACGGCGAAUUAAUGACUCUCAAGAACACAUGUAAACCCAUCUUAAUCCCUUGUUUCGAUCUCAACAGUUCUGCCCCGUUCGUUUUCUCCCGAGCCGACGCAUCUCAGUCCCGAAGCUACGAUUUCCAUCUCUGGAAAGUAAUUCGCGCCACGUUAGCAGCUCCGUCAUUGUUCAACCCGUUUCCUUUAACAUCCGUUGACGGAAAAACAUCAUGCCUCGCCGUCGACGGUGGCAUUGUCAUGAACAAUCCGACAUCCGCCGCCGUUACUCACGUACUCCAUAAUAAAUGCGAUUUUCCGUCUGUUAACGGCUUUGACGAUCUCCUUGUCCUUUCUCUAGGCAACGGCUCUUCCAUUCGUAACAACCAUGUCAACCACAGCCGCCGUUGCUUGACGUCGGCGAUCGUAAACAUCGCCGUUGACGGUGUUUCUGAAACCGUUGAUCAAAUGAUCGCCAAUUCAUUCUGCUUCAACCGGCCGGAUUACGUUAGAAUUCAGGCUUAUGAAGAAAAAAGAAUUCACGGAGAUGUGUUAACGGAGAAAGGGGUAGAAACGUUGCCGUUUGGCGGGAAGAAGUUACUAACGGAGACAAACGGAGAACGGAUUGGAACCUUUGUGCAGCGGCUUACGGACAGCCUUCCGCCAAGUCCAUGCAAGGAAAAGGCUGUUACUGUUAAUGCUGUUAUUAACUGUCGUUAGAUCUUAACUUGAGGAUAGGAGUGAGUUGUAUUGACUUUAUCUAAUUGAAUAUUUUAUUUAUGGUAUUUUAUAUUUUGUGAC